AUGGAUCAAGUGAACACAACCCCGGAACCAGAAGGAGCAUCUAAUCCUACACAAGAAAGUACAUGUCCAACUCAGAAGGUAUCUUCUAAUCUGAAUCCGACACUUGAACCUGAUAUUGGGCAACAAGAAGAAAUUGAUACAAUUUUAGAACCUGCAUCAAAGAAACUUAGAAUUAAUGUGUGGCAAGAAUUUAAAAAGAUGAAAGUGAAUGGAAAAGAUAAGGCUGAAUGCAUCUGGUGUAAAAAACAACUUAGUGGCACUUCAAAGAAUGGAACAAAUCACUUGAAAGGACAUCUCUUGAGUUGUAUUCAAAAAAAGAUCAAGACUAGAAACCAUGACAAAGGACAACCAUUUCUCCUACCGACUAUCUCAGAAGGAAAGCAAGAGUUAGGAAUUGGAACUUAUGAUCCAGAACAUGUGAAGAAGUUGAUUGCUGAAGCUAUUAUUAUGCACGAUUAUCCACUAUCAAUUGUGGAUCACAUUGGUCUUAGAAGAGUCUUUGUUUCUCUCCAACCAUUGUUUAAAGUUCCUACUCGAAACAUAAUCAAGAAGGAGGUAUUGAAAGUUUAUGAUUUUGAGAAAAAAUGUGCUAUGAAGAUGUUAGAUAACCAUGAAGGGAGAGUGGCAAUUACCACAGAUAUGUGGACUUCAAGCAACAAAAAAAAAAGGUAUAUGGCGGUUACGGCUCACUAUAUUGAUGGCUCGUGGACUUUACAGAGUCGAAUCUUGAGGUUCAUUUAUGUUCCAGCCCCUCACACUAGUGAAAGACUUGCUGAAGCACUUAUUAAACUUAGAGAUGCACAACCUACUGCUCCAUCCAUUGGUACAACUGCUAUUAUUAAUGAUGAGGCUGAAUUUGAUGCAUACGUUGAGACAAUUGCCGUUGCCGAAGACUCAAGUUCAAGUGUUAAGAGUUGGCUAUGGACUGCUGAGAAUAACGGAAUUUUUAGAGUUGCAGAAGAAAUUGCUACUGUGUUGAAUGAAAUGGAGUCAGACGAUGAAGCUGAGUUGAUGGAAGGUUGUUUGGGUUACCAUUUUGAAGAUUAG